AUGGAUGAAGCCAAGGAUGAAUCCCCAAAUGUACGCGGGGUCGCCAAGGCGGACCUGCAGCACCUUCGGGUGCAGGAGGCGGUGGACUCCAUGGUGAAGAGUCUAGAGAGAGAGAAUAUCCGGAAGAUGCAGGGCCUCAUGUUCCGGUGCAGCGCUGGCUGUUGUGAGGACCAGGCGUCCAUGCAGCAGGUGCACCAGUGCAUUGAGCGCUGCCACGCGCCUCUGGCUCAAGCUCAGGCCCUGGUUACCAACGAGUUGGAGAAGUUCCAGGACCGCCUGGCCCGGUGCACCAUGCAUUGCAACGACAAAGCCAAAGAUUCAAUCGAUGCAGGGAAUAAAGAGCUUCAGGUGAAGCGGCAGCUGGAGAGUUGUGUGACCAAGUGUGCGGAUGACCAUAUGAACCUCAUUCCAACCAUGACCAAGAAGAUGAAGGAGUCUCUCUCAUCCAUUCAGAAAUAGAAGUGUUUACCACUGGCUAUAGAGGCUGAGGGCAGGAAGCUAUUCAAAAUGAAGAAUGAGAACUUUGGUCUUUUAAGCAGAGUUUAUGGAUGAAGAAAUUAAGGAUGCAGCAGGUGUAAGGCACAUGUCGCUUGCCUCUGGACACUGGUUCUUUUAUGUUUUAAUCCUAGAAAGUGAAAUGGAAAAAAAACUGGUGCUAGAAUUUGGUUCAGAGUUAUUGAGAGCCUAAAUUUUGUGUGGCAAAUGCUUAUCCUAGCAGCAGGCAUUUCCCUCACACCAAG